ACAUCACACACAAUUUUUAUGGUUCUUUGUCAACCAAAUCACAAUCUCAUCAUCCUCUUCCACACCCCAAAAAAUCCCUUCCUCACUAGACACAAAUUAUUACCAACACUCCAUUGAGAAACCCUACACAUAACAUUACAUUAUUACUACUUGCAACUCAACAAUUCUAAACCAAACACAAACAAUGCCACAAUUAUCAUCAUAUUUUUCAUCACCAAUAAUCCCUUCAACAAUACUUAUUUUACUAUGUAUUCCAACCCUUUUUUACUUGGCCCCACAUAUCCUCCCUCCUCCACCAUCACCACCCAUUUCUUUCCCUGAUGAACUCCAAGAUCUUUCACUUUUCCGGCGAGCCACCGCCGUUGAUGACUCACAUUCACACACACCAUCAUUUAAUAAUAAACCCAAAAAACAUCUUGGUGCAACCAACAAAAAGCCCAAAAUUGCAUUUUUAUUCCUUACUAAUUCAGAUUUACAUUUUUCCCCUUUAUGGGAAAUCUUUUUCACUCAAGACAAGUCAAGUUCGAAUCUUUAUAAUAUUUAUGUUCAUGCUGACCCUACUGUUGUCCCUAAUGUUAAAAUCCCAGGUGGGGUUUUCACCCAAGAUCGAUUUAUUUCGGCGAAAAAGACCCACCGUGGCACGGCUACUUUGAUCGCUGCGGAGAGGCGACUCCUUGCCAUUGCACUCCUUGAUGACCCCAGUAACCAGUUCUUCACCCUUGUUUCACAAUAUUGUAUACCCCUUUAUUCGUUUAAGUUUAUAUAUGAUACAUUGUUUGAAGUUAAUUCCCAUCAAUUAGCCGAAUUAAGACAUAUUAAGUAUAAGAGUUAUAUAGAGAUUUUGUCUAAGGAUCCUUAUAUUUUAGAUAGGUAUAAUGCUAGAGGUAAAAAUGUGAUGGUGCCUGAGGUACCCUUUGAAAAAUUCCGAAUGGGUUCGCAGUUUUUUACAUUGACACGUAGGCACGCGGUUGUGGUGGUUGGAGAUCGUCAGUUAUGGAAGAAAUUUAGGUUGGAUUGUUUGAGGCCUUCAUCUUGUUACCCUGAGGAACAUUAUUUUCCUACAUUGUUGUCAAUGGAGGAUUUGCAAGGGUGUACUAGUUAUACAUUGACUCAUGUGAAUUGGACGGAUAGUGUUAAUGGACACCCGCAUACUUAUUAUCCUAAUGAGGUGUCACCGGAUCUAAUUUAUGAGCUUCGGCGAUCUAACUUUACAAACCCUUACAUGUUUGCUAGAAAGUUUUCUCCAGAUUGUUUGGAGCCGUUGAUGAAUAUGGCCAAGGAAGUCAUUUUCCGGGAUUAAAGUCUUCGAAUUUCUGCUGCAUGUGUGUUGAUCCAAAUGCUACUGGAAACCAUUUUGGGCAUGUAGAAGGGUUUCAUGCCAAAAGUUCAAAAGUCUGAAACCUGCACAAACAAAAAUGGGAAGAACAAGAUGUGAUAUGGAAGCUAUUACAUAUAUGGUAAUACGCCAUCUACUACAACCAAAUACUUGCAGGUUGACAUAAACAUGAAGUGGAAAACCGAUGAACACUAUUUUCUACAUUUCUUAUUUUGUUGUCCAUUUGCCCCAAGUUUUUUUUUUUUUUUUGGGGGGGAAAUUUCAUAUAUGUCCCAUUUUAAAGAUAUAAUUUCAUAUAUGUCCAAAACAUGCUUUAAAAGCAUUGUAUUUAUGCAUUAAAAUCUUGCACUUAAAACAUAUAUGAAAUUAUGUCUUUAAAAUGGGAUAUAUAUGAAAUUUUCCCUUUUUUUUUACCUUUACCUCUUCCCUCGUUCAUAUGUUCUACUUCGACAUUCUAUUUCUUUCACAAUUUUUUUAUAGGUCAAUUUCCCUAGUUGUUCAUUGUAUAUGCUAGAAGUGUUCCAGGACUUCAUUUGUGUUGUAAUUUAAAACGAGUAUUUCAAUAGGAGAAAGCAAAUAUGGCGAUUUUGAUCCUAUUUACUUGUGUUUGAUCUCAAUGUGUAAAAACCAACAUGGUAAUUAUGCACUAUAUGGCAACAUCAGAUAUUUUUUAAGUAAA